AUGGUCCAUCUUGAACUGAUGAAGAUAGCCACUUUCAAUAUUCGAUACUCUCCAUUCAAACCUAGCAGUUAUGCAGCCAAUGAUCAAGUCCUAUUUGCUGGCGAUGGCGAGGCUCCAUGGUCAGGUCGGCUCCCGUUCAUCACAGACCAGAUCAAGUGGGAAUCCCCAGAUAUCAUCGGAUUCCAGGAAGUCCUCGAACAUCAGUACCAUGACCUCAAAGCAGUGCUCAGUGAUUUUACUUCGAUUGGGGUGGGCCGCGAUGAUGGCAUUACACGGGGCGAAUACGUACCUUUGUUUUGGAGGACGGAUAAAUUCAAAGCUCUCAGCGUCAACCAUUUCUGGCUUUCCGAACGACCCGACGACGCUGGAACGAUCGGCUGGGAUGCCGGGCAAACCAGGAUGGUCACGUUGGUCCAUUUACAGCCCAUGUUGUUAGGCGUCAGCCGGUCCGAAGAAUCCAAUGCUUCCUUCUUCGUUAUGAAUACGCACUUCGAUGAUCGUGGUUUGAAAGCUCGGACCGAAUCAGCGAAACUGAUCCUAAAAAAAUCGAACGAGUUGAUAACUGAGACAGGUCGCCCAAUAGUCCUUAUGGGCGACUUCAACGCUCCUAGACAAGAGGCUGCGUACAAGGUUCUCACUGGACAAUAUUAUGCGGAUGAAACUCCACUCCAGCCGGCAGAUCAAUCUUCGAAAUAUUGUGCAGCAGGAGUCGAACAAACGUAUGGCAGAGACCAAGCCCCUCACACCGAACCCGCUCAACAAUAUCUCGGUGGAAGCAUUCCAUCUUGCGACGUUUCGGCUGGGCCGAUUGCUCGAUAUUUCAUAGAUUGCGGUGCGCAGGUCCAACGGCCAUACGGUGCAUUUCAUGCCACUUUUACCGGCUUCGAUAAUAAUCCAAACGUUGCUCAAGUGAUUGACUUCGUUAUGAUCAUGUCAAGUCCUUCGAACCUUUGGCAAGUGAUCAAGUAUGGUGUUAUUUCUAAUCAGUUUCAAGACGAACCGCUUGCUAGUGAUCAUCGGAUGGUUUGUGCCGUCAUCCAAGCCGGAUGA